AUGGCAGUUUUUCUGAAAUUUGCGAUUCUUUUGUUAAUAGCAGACAACACUAUGGUCAAUUUUAGGGUGUUUGCUAGAGCAAUGUCUACGGUUGCAAAGAGCUUCGAGGCGAACGCAGUUGUGCCUGAUGUCGUCCCUAAAGCACCAGCUGCAUUACUGGCAGUGAAGUACCCAAGCGGUGUUGAAGUAAAGGAGGGUAACGAAUUGACACCUACUCAAGUGAAGGAUGUGCCUACCGUGAGCUGGGAAGCUAGUGCUGAAGCCUUUUAUACCCUGGCUAUGACUGACCCAGAUGCACCAUCCCGUGUAGAACCCAAAUUCCGCGAGUGGCACCACUGGCUCGUUGGGAACAUCCCCGGGGCGAAUGUAUCCUCUGGCGAAACCCUAUCUGCUUAUGUCGGAUCCGGACCUCCAGAAGGCACUGGCCUCCACCGUUAUGUAUUCCUCGUGUACAAGCAACCUGGCAAGCUGACUUUUGAUGAGCCACGCCUACCUAACACUUCCGGCGACAAACGUGCAAUGUUUUCCAUCGCUAAAUUCGCGGAGAAGUACAAGCUGGGUGACCCGAUCGCUGGCAACUUCUACCAGGCUCAAUACGACGAUUAUGUCCCCAUUCUAUACAAACAGCUCGGAGCAUAA